AUAUAAGGAUACACAGCUUAAGGUACUACUUCGUGUUCAUAUUAUACAAUUUUGACACCAUGUUUUUGUGUUUUCUCUCUAAAGAUGGGAAAAGAAGAUAAUUUUAUGCAGUUUUUCUUUUAUCUAACUGCAUAUUCCUUGCAGACAGUAUCAGAACAGAUGAAGAUGGAGGGUCAUCAGCCAGGGCCAGAGCAGUGUAAGCGCAAAUGGGCUAAUUUGGCCACUGGUUUCCAUCACCACAAGUCAGAGGCAGAGGCAACAGGCACAUGCCCACUCUGGCCUUAUUACACCAAGGUCAGGCAUGUUAUGAACCUUGUUGGCCUUCCUCCUCCAGAUGCUGAAGCUGGUAAUAGACGGAAGCGCAGAAUGAAAGGAACACGUAACAGCCCAAAAAAGAAGAUCCAAAGAUACUUUAAACAAGAGGUGGAAGACUAUGAUGAUGGCUUACUAGAUGAACCAGUGAAGGAUAUGGAUGAAAAUAUGGAGCCGUCAACCUCAGCACCUGGAGGAUCUGUCAGAUUAACAAGUGAACAAAAUGCUACGGUUCUACCUGGUGACGUUAAAGAAAUUUGUCAAAGAUUAGAGCACAUAGAAGAGAAUUUGGCCGUCUGCCGCAGACUUGAUCGCUUAGAAGCCAAGCUCGACGAUGCAGCUAAGCAGAGAGAAGCACAACGUCAUACUAAUUCUCUGCUGACUCAGGUUUUAUCAGAACUGUCACGCCUCAGUCGCACCUUGAGCUCUCGUUACCUCCAUCAAGGGACAGGACAUGAUCAAACAGACCUCGGUGCAGGAAUAACAAUAGUCGUGCCACAUAACCAGCAUUUAGAUUGAAUUGUGAAUGAAAUCUUGAAGGAGAGAUAUAUUAUAAGAGCAAUAAUGGUAAUCAGAUAGAAAGUCCUUAUAUUGCUUGUUGCAUUCAUAGAGUUAAUUUAAUUGAGGUUUAACAACUCAUUCAGGGAAUAAUAAAAAGGACUAUGCAUAGUGGGAUAUAACUGUGCAUGUGGAUCAAAGAAAGUGAGAACAUACAGUAAUUUGAGCAUUGUAAAGGUUUUGGUUAAUUUAGUGUGAGGUAUUGAAGACAAGAAUUAUUGUUUGACUUUGUCGAGUUUUGAGUGCUAGUGAAUUAUUUAGAAGAACUGGCACUUUUGAGAAACAGUAGACUAGUUGUUUUUAUUAAGAUUUUUGUUUAUUUUUUAUUAUAAGACCAAUACAUUUAGUAACAGUGAUCUACAGAAAAGUUUAUAGGUUAUGGAGGCAGAGUUUUGACCCGUUAUUGCUGAACCCAAUUAAUGACAGUAAUAAUUAGCAUAAAAUUUUAUACAACUAUAAUAGAACGAGUAAUAACUUGUACAGUAGAACGUCGAUAUAACACGAGAUAGGUUCCAAGAGAGGUCGCUUUAAGCCAGCGCACUAAAUCGAAGUGUUGUUUCAAUGGAAUAAUUUAGUUUGGUACUUGAGAGAAACAAAAUACUGAACUAAAAAGACAGAGUCUACCCAGAUGCACCUCAGCCCAUCUCCUAGAAUAAAUAAAACAUUGUUUUUUGGAGUAUUAUGUUAAACCAAACUGGGAAGAUAGGGGGAGGGAGGGAGGUGAGGUGAUAUGUUUGACAGUUGAUGCCAAGGUCUAGUGCUUAUUUAUUUUAUCUGUCCUUAAGAGUGACUUUAAGGUUUUCUCUGAUAAAGUGUCACUGAACUGACAUGGGAGAAUAUAAUAAACAUUGGUGGAAUUCUUAUAAGAUGGUGAUUAAUUUGAAUAUAAACAUGCUAUAGCUCGCAUUAGACAUACAAAUUUUAGUUCUAAUUUAAGAGUUUUAUUACAAAGCAAAAACUUUUAUCUCGUGCAAAAUAUAUGACGUUUAUUUUCAAAUUAUUCGCUGUCUUGCAAGGAUUCCAGCAAUACAAAUUAUAUUCUAACUUUAGUCUGUGAUAUUAUAGAAGAUAAAAACUU